GGAUACAAGGAUAUAAGCAACCAGUGUACGUAAUUCCAAUUGGUUGGUUUAUUAUUAUGCAUCUUUAGGGACAGACAUCGAGAAUUCAUACAGAUGGAAAUUCUUCAUCAUUCUUCUUUCCUGAGGUGCGGAACAUCUACCUUUCCAAUUGGGCACUGGCUCAAGCAUUCAAAUCUAGAAAGGGGAAGAGGAGUAAAAUUGAGAGUGCAUUGCAAUUACAGUAAGAAGAAUGAAGAGAUAGGAAGUGCAGAAUGGUUUGCAGAGGCAAGUCCACUGGAAGUUUUGGGUGUGAAGGAUGAUUGCACGGAGGAUGAUAUCAAGGCAGCUUUUCGAGCUAAGGUAAAAGAAUUCCAUCCAGAUGUUUAUAAAGGUCCAAGCAAUGCAAGUACCAUUGUUCAGCGUGUGAUACAAGCAUAUGAGAUGGAUUGCAUGGUCAUGCCUUUUUGGGAGGUUCUCAUGAUGCGUGUUUCUAAAGGAGAGUAUAUUCGGAGGAAAAAUUCAGAUCCAUUUGAGGAACCAGAAUGUGAGGCAUUGGAUAUUUUUGUAAACGAAUUGCUUUGUAUAGGCAAAGCAGGAUGCCUAUAUUCAUGUGUGAAACGAGCACCUCAAGCCUUUUCAUAUGCUCCUGAGACGGGAUGUGCACGUGCCAUCUCUCAAGGACAAGGUGACGAUUACCAAGUCCAACUUGCAGUGGGGCAAUGUCCCAGGAAUUGUAUAUACUAUGUCACUCCUGCUCAAAGGAUUAUAUUGGAUGAAUUACUUCAAAGGGCUUUGAAUGGAACCUAUUUGUCAACUGAAGCAAGCUUGUUGGAGUCACUAAUUGCUCGUGCCAAUUUUGAGAAUAAUAGAUAUCAAGGUCACCCAAAAAGGAAGGCAAAGCACAGUACAGAAUGGGUGGACUGGUUUUGACUCAUCAUAAACAAUAGGAGGAUCUAUUACUGCUUUGAACAAAACUUAUUUCAUGACACUAGUAACUCAAUCAAAUGUUGCAUUUUAACAUUAUUCAAAUUAUCCCAGUAGGUUAAGAAAAACACCUGUCUAUGAUCAUACCCUUUUUUGUCAUUAGUAAACACUUGUUGCAUCA